AGAAUUGCAACUAACUCCUAAAGUUGUUUAUAUAUAGUUGAGACUUAAGAUAUCAUAGCAUGACAGAGCAAUAUUUGAAUAAUGCAAGUGGUAGACGCUCUAGUUCGAGUUUAAACAGCAGCAGCAGCAGCAACAGCUAUCAAGAAAACACGACGGAGGAUGAUCACAUGAUCGCUCAAGUACUUGCUGAAGAAGAAAAUUUAAGAAAUGAUGGGAAACUUGGAAAGAUGCUCUCUCAUUUAGACUCUAUACCGCAUACUCCCCGCACUAUUAGUCAAAUACCCGACAUUGAUGAUGCCACUUUAGACCAUGAACGACUUGCAUCAAGGUUGGCCAGUUAUGGUUUAGCUGAACUGAGAAUGGAAGGGGAUGGAAAUUGUCAGUUCCGAGCCCUUUCAGAUCAGUUAUUUCGGAAACCAGAUUAUCAUAAACAUGUAAGGAAGCAGGUUAUCAAGCAGCUAAAGGAAUACAGGAAGUUAUAUGAAGGUUAUGUGCCGAUGAAGUACAAGGGGUACAUAAAGAAGAUGAAAAAAUCAGGGGAAUGGGGUGAUCAUGUAACACUACAAGCAGCUGCAGACCGAUUUGGGGCAAAAAUAUGUUUGGUGACCUCUUUUCGUGAUACUUGUUACAUAGAAAUCCUUCCCAAGAACGUUCAACAACCACCUUCAAGAGAGAUGUGGCUGAGCUUUUGGAGUGAAAUACAUUACAAUUCGUUGUACUCAAGUGGAGAUGUUCCUGUUAGGGUACCUAAGAAGAAGAAGUUCUGGCUUUUUUAGAUACAUAUUAUUUAUUUAGUCAAUAAUGUAAUAUACUCAUUACUCACUUACUAUUCCUGAAUAUGACACAUUGUAAUAGAUAUAUUCUCCUAACACUGCUUGUAAAUCAAAUAGGUGUGUAUACAUUCUUAUCUU